UGAAACACAAUCCACAUGAAAUCAACAGAACAUAUACUGAGUUUUCAUAAAUUAACACCAUCGAUACAACCACCACUUUUUUUCAAUGUUUUAUCCGUUAUAAUCUCGCUUAUAUUUUCACAGGGAUGGAAAACAUUCGCUUCAGAUCCAUUUAAUUGCGACAAACUCACUUAUUCCACUGACGAACAAGGGUUAUAUGAGUUGUCGAUAGCUAUACAAUUUUUCAAUUUGAAAGUACUGGAUCUUUUGGAUACGGUCUUCUUCGUUCUACGGAAGAGCUACAGGCAAGUUAGUUUUCUUCACGUUUAUCACCACGUUAUAAUGAUUCUGUGCUCGUGGAUUGGAAUCCGAUUUUUCGCAGGAGGAGUCGGAGCAUGGAUUAUUAUGGCUAAUACUUUCGUACAUGUCCUGAUGUUCACAUAUUAUUUGAUGACAGUACUUGAUAGUACAUGGAAAAGCAGUACUUUUUUGAAGAAAGCACUAACUCAGAUUCAGCUGAUCCAGUUCACAAUCUUCAUCAUAGUAUUUGGAAGGACGCUAGUUGAUCCCAGUUGUAGCUUUCCUAAACUUCCAGGAUAUAUUUUGGUGCCCCAAAACUGUUUCAUGCUGUUUCUUUUUGGCGAUUUCUAUCUGAAAGAAUAUGUCUUCAAGAAAGAAAAAAACAAGUAGAAAUUGGAAAUAUCAUUUUAUAUUUCAUAUAUUGUAUCUUUGAACAAAUAUGGUUUUCUUAGAAAAUAAAUGUAUUCAUUUUCA